AACCUUGCUCACCCUCUCAAUACAUUACUCUAUCUCUCUUGAUGUCACCAACAAAGCUGCACCAAGAAACGCCUUCACAAUGACACCAAAGGCAAAAAUGGCAGAUAAAGUCAAGGCCGUGAUGGAGCCUGAAGAGAUCGGCCAGCACCCUUAGCAACCUUCACUAGUUCAGUGCGGCUACUCACCACUGAUCACUCUACUGUUUUCAUAGCAAGCAAAGCUUCUGCGUGGAUGAAGGAGAGAGGGAUCAGGAAGGGGCUGGCCAUGAGGGCCCUGCUGGACCGGUGCCUCUCGUCCAAGAAGGCCCGCGGCCGCGAGCCGCCGGAGGGCUGCCUGGCGGUGUACGUGGGCGCGGCGAGGGAGCGGUUCGUGGUCCGGACGGAGUGCGUCAACCACCGCCUGUUCAGGGCGCUGCUGGAGGAGGCCGAGGAGGCGCGUGGGCCGUACUGCUACGCGGCGGACGGGCCGCUCGAGCUGCCGUGCGACGCCGGCGCGUUCGCGCGCGUCGUGGAGGCUAUCGAGCGGGAGAUGGCUGAGGAGAGGACGGGGGUCGGGUGCGGCGGCGGCAUCGUGAGAGGGCACCGGGCAAUGGCGGUGGCGAUCCACGGCAGGCAGGUGACCGUGGGUUGACGUGAUCGGUGUUCUGGUCAUGGUACAUGUGUUGCCGGCUGGUCAUGAAAGAUGGGUAGCUAGGAAGGAACGGAAAAUUUCACUAGAGUUUA